CAGCGACCAAUCAGGGCAGGGGAUGGAGGCAAGUGGGGGUCGCGCUUGGAGCGGAGCCUUGGCCUCCGGAGCUUCAGCUGCAGCCCAGGGUUGAGCUGAGAUGGCUCAAGCCUGACAUUCUAUGAGCCAGGAUCCUGACGGGCACGCACAGGCUGCUGCUGUGGCUGCUGGGACUGAUUUAAAACCAGGAGGCACUUCGGGGCUGAGAGUCAAGGCAUUCCCUCUGCCUGGAUGUGCGGGAACUCCUUGCCAACUUGAUUGGCGGAUCCUGGGGGGGAACCACCCCCACCCCUGGAGGAAAGCAGUCUACUUUGUGGGCAGAGCUUCAGGUGCCAGCCAACUGAAGGAUGGCCACCCCUGUGGUCACCAAGACAGCCUGGAAGUUGCAGGAGAUCGUCGCCCACGCCAGCAAUGUGUCCUCGCUGGUACUGGGCAAAGCCUCUGGGCGGCUGCUGGCUACUGGCGGGGAUGACUGCCGUGUCAACCUGUGGUCCAUCAACAAACCCAACUGCAUCAUGAGCCUGACGGGUCACACGUCCCCAGUGGAGAGCGUCCGCCUCAACACCCCGGAGGAGCUCAUCGUGGCCGGCUCCCAGUCGGGCUCCAUCCGUGUCUGGGACCUAGAAGCUGCCAAAAUUCUUCGCACACUUAUGGGACACAAAGCCAACAUCUGCAGCCUGGACUUCCACCCGUACGGCGAGUUCGUGGCCUCAGGUUCCCAGGACACGAACAUCAAGCUCUGGGACAUCAGGAGGAAAGGCUGUGUCUUCCGAUACAAGGGACACAGCCAGGCUGUGCGGUGUCUGCGGUUCAGCCCCGAUGGGAAGUGGUUGGCAUCGGCUGCAGAUGACCACACGGUGAAGCUCUGGGAUCUGACUGCAGGCAAGAUGAUGUCCGAGUUCCCGGGUCACACGGGGCCUGUCAACGUGGUGGAGUUUCACCCCAAUGAGUACCUCCUGGCUUCUGGCAGCUCGGACAGGACCAUCCGGUUCUGGGAUCUGGAGAAGUUCCAGGUGGUGAGCUGCAUCGAAGGAGAGCCAGGGCCCGUCAGGAGCGUCCUCUUCAACCCCGAUGGCUGCUGCCUGUACAGUGGCUGCCAGGACUCUCUGCGCGUCUACGGCUGGGAGCCCGAGCGCUGCUUCGAUGUGGUCCUCGUCAGCUGGGGCAAGGUGGCCGACCUGGCUGUCUGCAACGACCAGCUGAUAGGUGUGGCCUUCUCCCAGAGCAACGUCUCCUCUUAUGUGGUGGACCUGACGCGGGUCACCAGGACAGGCACCAUCGCCCAGGACCCUGUGCAGGACAGCCGACCCCUGGCGCAACAGCCAUCCCACCCUAGUGCCCCGCUGCGGCGCAUCUAUGAGCGGCCCAGCACAGCCUGCGGCAAGCCUCAGAGAGUGAAGCAGAACUCGGAGAGCGAGCGUCGUAGCCCCAGCAGCGAGGAUGACCGGGACGAGCGGGAGUCUCGGGCCGAGAUCCAGAACGCCGAGGAGUACAACGAGAUCUUCCAGCCCAAGAACAGCAUCAGUCGGACACCACCCCGAAGAAGCGAGCCCUUCCCGGCACCCCCAGAGGAUGACAUGGCCACAGCUAAGGAGGCAGCAAAGCCCAGCCCACCCACAGACUCGCAGUUCCCGGUGCCAAAUCUUGAGGUCCUGCCCCGGCCCCCGGUUGGCACUCCCGCUCCUGCGCCCAAGGCCGAGCCUGCCAUCAUCCCUGCCACCCGGAAUGAGCCCAUCGGGCUGAAGGCCUCUGACUUCCUGCCCGCCGUGAAGAUCCCCCAGCAGGCAGAGCUGGUCGACGAGGACGCCAUGUCGCAGAUCCGCAAAGGCCACGACACCAUGUGCGUGGUGCUCACCAGCCGCCACAAGAACCUGGACACCGUGCGGGCCGUGUGGACCACGGGUGACAUCAAGACGUCGGUGGACUCGGCCGUGGCUAUCAAUGACCUGUCCGUGGUAGUGGACCUCCUCAACAUUGUCAACCAGAAGGCCUCUCUGUGGAAGCUGGACCUGUGCACCACGGUCCUACCGCAGAUCGAGAAGCUUCUGCAGAGCAAGUAUGAGAGCUACGUCCAGACUGGCUGCACCUCCCUGAAGCUGAUCCUGCAGCGGUUUCUGCCCCUGAUCACCGACAUCCUGGCGGCCCCACCAUCUGUGGGUGUGGACAUCAGCCGGGAGGAGAGGCUACACAAGUGCCGGCUCUGCUACAAGCAGCUUAAGAGCAUCAGUGGCCUCGUCAAGAGCAAGUCGGGUUUGAGUGGUCGCCACGGCAGUGCCUUCCGCGAGCUGCACCUGCUCAUGGCCAGUUUGGACUGAGGUGCUCUUGGGCCUGGCCUCAAUCCCCCACUCCUGUUCCCUGUGCACUCCCGGCCCCGUGAGCCUCUGCCUGGCCCCUACUGCAGCCCUGCGGCCAUCCUGGAGGUAGUGGCGUUGGCCCACUGGCCACCUGCACAGCCCUGAGCUCUCAGACAACUUCUCCCUACCAGUGGCUGCCCAGCUUUGCCAACUCCUGCUUCUUGGGGCAGCAAAGAGCACCUUGGGGCUGCUGCUGUAAUUUAUAAGGCGAAUUUUAUUAAAUUUGUAACUAUUC